AUGGAACUGAAAAACCAAACAGUCUUGGAAUUCCAUCUCAUGGGACUCUCGGAAAAUCCAGACCUGCAGCCCACCCUCUUUGGACUCUUCCUGUCCAUGUACCUGGUCACUGUCUUUGGGAACCUGCUCAUCAUCCUGGCCAUUGUCUCAGACUCUCGCCUGCACACACCCAUGUACUUCUUCCUCUGCAACCUAUCCCUGGUUGACAUCCUUUUCUCCUCUACCACUGUCCCCAAGAUGCUGGUGAACAUCCAGACCCAGAGCACAGCUAUCCCUUUUGCAGGCUGCCUUGCCCAAAUGUAUGCCUUCCACCUCUUCGGGACCAUGGACAGCUUCCUCCUGGCAGUGAUGGCCAUUGACCGGCUGGUGGCCAUUGCCUAUCCACUGCACUACUCAGUGCUCAUGAGCCCACAUGUCUGUGGGCUACUGGUGGGUGGGCCAUGGGUGAUCACUAAUCUCCAAUCCCUGGUGCACACUUGCCUCAUGGCCCAACUGACAUUCUGUGCAGGGUCAGAAAUCCCCCACUUCUUCUGUGACCUCAUGCCCCUCCUGAAACUCUCCUGCUCAGACACGCACACCAAUGAGUUGGUGAUCUUUGCUUUCGGCAUCAUCAUGGGCCUCAGCCCGCUGUCCUGCAUCCUAGUCUCCUACAUCUGCAUCUUCACAGUCUUCCGGAUCCCAUCUGCUCAGGGCAAGUGGAAAGCCUUCUCUACUUGUGGCUCACACCUCACCGUGGUGUCAUUGUUCUAUGGGACCAUUUUUGCUGUGUACUUACAGCCAGCAUCCCCCACCUCCUCCCAGAAAGACAAGAUAGCUGCAUUAAUGUGUGGGGUGGUCAUCCCUACACUGAACCCCUUUAUCUACAGCCUAAGGAACAAGGACAUGAAGGCAGCCCUGAGGAAGCUUGGCAGCAAAGCAGUCUUAUCCCACUCCUAG